GUGCGGUCAACCGCCCACCCUACGGCUUUGCGCCCGGCCGGCGGUCUUUACUGCCGCCGCAGGGCGCAGAGGCCCGACCUUUCCUCACAAAUGUCUGUUACAUAGCAAGGCUGGAGUCUGAAGGGUUUGCAGGCUUCCGCCUUGAAGGGAGUCUGGGAGGCUCAGCCUUUCCAACUCUUUCACCUUCGAGCCCGUUUGGCCAAGGCCACGCCGCCCAGUACCCUUCCAACGGCCCCGGCAGGGAGGAAUACGUUUUUCACCUAUAACUUGGAAGUGACGUAAAAUAACAAAAUGAAGUCAGCAAAACAUCUGUCAGUCUCUAGUAAUAAAUUGGCAAAUGUUCCAGAAUUAACUUACAAAAAACGAAUAUUUACUUCACCAUUGUCACCUAAACCAAAGGAAAAACAUAGUGCAAAAUUAGUAUAUGAUAAACUUGAACCAAUGGUCUUAGGAUCUCCACCAACAGGGGAAUCCAUUGUAAGGUAUGCUUUGCCCAUUCCAUCAAGUAAGACAAAGGAGUUAAUAGCAGAAGAUGAAUUGAUCAGGAAAAUUACCAAACAUCUAAAGAUGGUUGUUUCUUCUUUGGAGGAAGCCUAUGGAUUUUGCAUUGUAGAUGGAGAAAAAUCAGUUGUGAAGCCUGAACAUGAGGAAUUAACUUUAUCUGUAAGUGUUGGGGAUGAUCUGAAUUCAUUCUUGGUAUGUUGUUCACAAUUUGCAGCUCAGUUGGAAGAAGCAGCUAAGGAAGAACGUAAUAUUUUGGAAUCUCUUUUUAAGUGGUUUCAGCUACAGGUCAAUCAGAUGGAAGAGAUAGGUAAAGAUCAAAGUUUUUCAGAAGCAGAGUUUCCAGCAAUGGACAAAACAGUCAGUUUAAGCAUUUCACAUGUAGUAAAGCAGGUGCAAAAACUAGAACAACUGAAAAAUCAUCUUAAACUAAAGUCUACACACUCCUUGAAAACCUCGUCUAAACUCAAGAAUAGUGAAAAAUUACCAGGAAUAUUACAAAGUUAUGAAACUGCACAACAGAUAAUUGAAGAAUUCAUAAAAACCCACCCAAGUGAAGAAUUUAUAGAUGUUUCUGCAACUGAUCCACAAGUUGCUUAUUCACUGACUAAUCGACUGAAUGACAUAUUGAAAAUGUUUGAAAAACAGUCACGUAUGUUAGAGAGAACUAGGAAUAACCAAGGUUUGUUAGAGGAUAAAUACAAACAAAUGCAAAGUAAUUUUGAAGUGUUAUUAGAGGAGAAAUUGGUGCUGGAAAAUGAACUACAGAAGUUGAAGAAUACAGAGAAAACAAAGUCGACAUAUGAUCAGAAAAAGAAAACAAUGAAAAUGGAAAAGAAAAAAGACAAAAGAAAAUCUGAGGAUACAGAAGAGAAGAAGUUUCAGGUCAAAGAGCUUAAUGUAAAAGAAGAUUUGCUUCAAGUUAAGAAAGUAGCAUUUGCUCUGGAAGUUGAGAACAAAGUCCUUCAGGAACAACUGAAAGAGGCUUUACAGGAAGCUGAAAGAGCUAAGAAUCAACUUGACUAUUUCCUAAACCAAAGAAAAGAAUUACUUAAAAGUGAAGGGAAGAACAAGACAAUGAUAGAAAUGGAUAUUAGCAAAAUAAAAGUUAAAGAUUCAAAACAAACACCAUUGGAGAAAGAAAGAAGGGAAUCACUAGUUACAGAUUCAGAUAGACAAACAAAUGCAAAAAUCCAAGAACAUUCGCAGAUCUCAGUUGUCACAGAUGGAAGCCCAACUGACAAAAGAUCCUAAUAGAAUUUCUGAAAUACUUUGGAAAAGUCUCCCAAACCUUCAGAGAAUGGAUGGGAGCGAAGUAAGGAGAUCCCACCUGAGCAGACACAUGGUAUUGGUUACAAUAAAGUACAUUUUUUUUGCGCUUUACA